CAAAAUGUAGCCGAUAUAACUUCUUCCCUACGCCACUUCGGCAUCGUUGAUUAUUGUGUUUUUGUCCUGAUGUUAAUUAUUUGUUCCGCCAUUGGAUUCUAUUUUGGUUUCAUCGAAAAGAAACAGAAAAACAGAGGCCAAUGGAAUGUUGGCGAUGAACAGCCCCGAGACUCAGAGGCCUUGGAUUAUUUGGUCGGUGGUCGAAGAAUGAAGGUUUUUCCGGUUUCGAUGUCACUGAUAGCCAGUUUUGUUUCGGGCAUAGCCCUCUUGGGUACCUCAACCGAAAUCUAUGUUUAUGGUACACAAUAUGCCUUUAUUGUGAUUGCAAUGGCCUUAGCUGGCCUUAUUUCAUGGUUUGUCUUCUUGCCAGUCCUCUGUAAUCUUCAAUUGACUUCCACCUAUGAGUACUUUGAAAUGCGUUUCGGCAAAGGAAUGCGUUUGUUCGGUUCAAUUCUAUUUUCAUUGGGUAUGGUUGCAUGGUUACCUAUGGUCAUUUAUGUUCCAGCAUUGGCUUUCAACCAAGUAACUGGAGUCAAUGUCCAUAUUAUAACGCCGGUAGUAUGCUUGGUCUGCAUAUUUUAUACAUGUGUGGGUGGUCUAAAAGCAGUCAUUUGGACAGAUGUCAUACAAACGGUUAUUAUGGUGGGUGCCAUUAUCUUUGUGAUUGUCAAGGGGACAAUAGAUGUGGGCGGCUUUGGAGUGGUGUGGGAACGUAAUUCGGCUACGGGAAGAAUUGAAAUUCCUGAACUUACCCUGGAUCCCACGGUACGCAUCUCCAUGUUUUCGAUAUUAUUCGGUUCCACUCUCUGGUAUACCCAGGUGAAUUGUGCCAGCCAGCAUAUUGUACAACGUUAUCUUUCGCUGCCAUCACUGAAGGAUGCCAAGGUAGCCUGUGUUUACUUUACCCUGGGAAUUGUUAUCAUCAAUAUCCUGACCAUGUAUAAUGGUCUUGUGAUGUUUGCCAAUUAUCAUGACUGUGAUCCGUUGAGCACAAAAUUGGCCAAAAACAAGGAUCAAAUGGUCCCGUUGAUGAUAAUGGAAACCUUGAGAUUUUUACCCGGAAUGGCUGGUCUCUUUGUGGCGGCAGUUUUUAGUGCGGCGCUCAGUUCCAUGUCGACGGUUUUGAAUUCAUUGGCUGCCGUUUGCUUGGAGGAUUAUAUAAAGCCAUUUGUAAAGACACCUUUGAGUGAAAGGCAAACGGCUUGGAUAAUGCGUUCCACGGUGGUGGCAAUUGGUCUGCUAAGCGUGGCCUUGGUUUUGGUGAUCGAGUUUAUGGGUCAUGCGGUGUUACAAUUGAAUACCACAUUGACUUCGGUUACUGGCGGCCCAUUGUUGAGUUUGUUUUUAAUGGGUCUGCUAAUGCCCUGGAUUAAUUCGAAGAGUGCCAUAAGUGGUUGUGUGGUAUCAUUUGUUACCAUGACCUGGAUAUGUGUUAAAUGCCAAAUGGCCUUGGCCUCGAAAGAGUUGGUUUAUCCUGAGAAACCCUUUUCAACGGAAGGAUGUUCCUAUGAUUUUGAGCCACAAAUGACACCAGCCAAUUCCACCAUUCAUGAUGCCAGUUCCAAAACCUUUGCCCAGUACAUUUAUCAAAUGUCAUUUUUCUUUUAUGCCGCCUUUGGUUGUCUCGUUUCCAUUGUGGUUGCCCAGUUGUCAACAUUUAUUUUUGGUCGUAACAAUCCUUCGGCUAUGAAUUGCCAACUUUUCCCACCGUUCAUAAGGAGAUUUAUUAAAAGGAGAAGCAAUGUGGAUGUGGAGGAUGAAGAGGAGAAGAUGACACUGGCCAUGGUAUCAGCUGAGCAGAUGAAGAUAAGCUAGCCGAGUUCAAUGGAGAAAUGGGUUGCAUCAUUGAUAAAAAUAGGAAAAUAUCAAGACUGUUUAAGUUAAGGAA